GAAUAUGUAGUUGACAUAAACACUCCGUUCAUUUUUUUUCAGAAGAAAAAAUAAAUAUUAUUUUUCUAAAUGAGGACAAUCCAGUGACCAUAAGAAGACUUCUUCCUUUUUAUUUCUUCGUCUUUCUUCCCUCCCCACAACUGGUUAUAAAUGGAGGACUCAUCUACCUGAACAUCAUGCCUGACCUUGGGAGCUGUGGUCCUUUUCCACUAGUCUUAAGAAGUUCAUGUUGACGAUAUUUUAAAAUUUAUCCUCUCUUCUCAAGCAAGCCUAAUUUCCAUUCUAGGCUCAGAGAAGCUUUAUUGGAAAUUUUAAAACAAUGACUCUUGCAUACAAUGUCCAAAGCAAAGGAAAUUCGCUUUUCAAACGGAUGCUUAGGUUGCCUUUCCGUUAGGGUUCAGAACAAGAUGCCCUGGAAACAUGCGAUUGCUGAGGGUGGUGUUGUAUGUAUGUGUGUGUGUGGUGGGGGGUAUCCACCGCCAGGGUUUCUAUCUCCAGCACCACAAGGGUGUGAGAUUUCUAUUCGCCGCGGAGGCUGCGGCAUUAGCGGCAAUUAGAACGUCUCUGGCGCCACGGUUUUUAUUGCUCGGUUGGUUCUGGAAUUGGCAAAUUGCUAUUCAAUUUGCUCUCCAAAGUUGCAGAUUUUUUACUCCAGCGCUCAUCUUUAGUGUGGGAAACCAAGUCAUUUUUCUGAGCUCUCGCCCUGUGAGGCGAAGGGAGUGGAUAGGAGAAGGGGGACAGACGGACUGACACCGCCAGGCUAAUAGCGCAGCUAAAUGCGAUUUGGAAGGCGAGGUCUCCCCGAAUUAGUGCAUGAAUUUCCUAUCGAUCCGCCCUAGGUUCCAUUCAUCUCUGACAAGUCCCUCUGCGCACCCGCCCUCCAACUCCCCACGCCUCCUCUCUCACCCCAUACCCCCCUCCCCAUCUGGCUGAAGAGAAAAGCCCCAAGCUCAGUGCCCCUCGCCCCCAGUGGGUUCCCCUUUGGAGGCGGAGCCCCCAGCCCGCCGCUACUCCAUUCCCACACAGAUGCAGGGUGCAGGGGCUCCCUGUCGUCCUGGGGAGGAGAUGGGGCCCUAUGGAAAGCAGAGAAUGCUGGACAGAGUUCCCUCCGUGCGAGGAAUAUUCACAGAGCGAUUACCUACCCAGCGACCACUCGCCGGGGUACUACGCCGGCGGCCAGAGGCGAGAGAGCAGCUUCCAGCCCGAGGCGGGCUUCGGGCGGCGCGCGGCGUGCACGGUGCAGCGCUACGCGGCCUGCCGGGACCCCGGGCCCCCGCCGCCUCCGCCACCACCCCCGCCACCCCCGCCACCGCCGGGGCUGUCCCCUCGGGCUCCUGUGCAGCCACCCGCCGGGGCCCUCCUCCCAGAGCCUGGCCAACGCUGUGAGGCGGUCAGCAACAGCCCCCCGCCGCCUCCCUGCGCCCAGAACCCCCUGCAUCCCAGCCCGUCCCACUCCGCGUGCAAAGAGCCCGUCGUCUACCCCUGGAUGCGCAAAGUUCACGUGAGCACGGUAAACCCCAAUUACGCCGGUGGGGAGCCCAAACGCUCUCGGACCGCCUACACUCGCCAGCAGGUCUUGGAGCUGGAGAAAGAAUUUCACUACAACCGCUACCUGACAAGGCGCCGGAGGGUGGAGAUCGCCCACGCUCUCUGCCUGUCAGAACGCCAGAUCAAGAUCUGGUUCCAGAACCGGCGCAUGAAGUGGAAAAAAGACCACAAGUUGCCCAACACCAAGAUCCGCUCGGGUAGCACCGCAGGAGCAGCCGGAGGGCCCCUUGGCCGACCCAACGGAGGCCCCCCUGCGCUCUAGUGCCUCCCCAAGCCGAGGCUGCGAACCUGGGGGGUGAGGGUGGGCAGAGAGUGCAGAGUGGGGGACUCAGGGGUGCGGGAGGACCCCCCUCCCUUGGGCCUGGGCCUGGAAAAUCCCACCUGCCCUCCCCCCAUUUUAGUUAUAUGUGAAUAAAAGCAUAGAAGGAGGGGUAGGGGAGCUUUAUUUAUAGAUAUGACCAUUGGGAGCCCGGUGAGAGGCCCCCCAGAAGCAAGAUUCAAGUCUCUUGCUUUAUUCCUUAAAAAAAAAAAAAAGAAAGAAAGAAAGAAAAGAGAAAGAAAGAAGAAGUAAGAAAGAAAAAGACAGAAAGAGAAAUAGGAGGAGGCUGAAGCUCCUCGUUUUCAGCUUUGGCGAAGAUGGAUCCACGUUUCAUCUUUAAUCACGCCAGGCCCAGGCCCAUCUGUCUUGUUUACUCUGCCGAGGAGAGGACGGGCCUCGGUGGCGACCAUUACCUCGACACUCGGCUAACAAAUGAGGCCCGGCUCGGCUGCCGCCGUCUCUGCUGCUGCCGCUGCUGGAAGACAGCCUGGAUUUUAUUUCUUUGUCCCCCACUCCUGACACCCAGCGAAAGCACCCUGUGACUGCCAGAUAGCACAGUGUUUUGGCCACGGUAACAAACACAUACACGACCUCCCUCUCUCCCCCUCUGUUCAUGGGGGACAAAGACUGUUCACCCCCUUCCACCGUGGGAUGAAGGGAACAGAAGGAAGGGGACAAGUGGGGGAGGGAGCUGCCUUGACAACGCAGGAGCGGGCAGGGAAAUUGAGUCCAAGAAAAAAGAGCGACCUGGACACCUGGGAGGGCCUUCCACUAGAAGACCCCAACAUGUCUGGCAGGGUGAGGGGCCAGUUGAGUUGUGAGAUCUGGGAAGGACCCUCUUGCCAAUCCAGAGUUGUACAGCAGAGGCCCUCUCUUAGACUGAAAAAGAAUGUGAAACUAGGAAAUAAAAUGUUGUGGCCCUCCCACUCUGGGAGGAUGAUGUUGCAGAGCCCUUUCCAUAGUUUAUCAUUGUUGCAUCGUUUAUUAUUAUUAUUAUUAUUAUUAUUAUUAUUAUUAUUAUUAUUUUAUGUCAUGUGUGUCCUUCUCUCCUGUUCUCUUUCUGACAUUCCAAAUCAGGCACCUUCCUACCUUUGGGGCUGCCUGAGUCUAGAACCUUUCAUUGGCGUGAAAAUUUGUGUCCUGUACAGAGUGACAAUAGAAAUAAAUGUUUGGUUUCUUGUGACCAUCA